ACAUCCUGAUCCUGUUGCUUUUCAGUUGCAUAGGACACACACGUGUGUACAUUGGUUUGUUAUCAGUCGUCCACAAUCGUGUUUUUUCUUUGUUUCCCUAUUUUAUUUCGUCUUUACAUGGUAUUAGUUUAGUCACUGCUUGAAAUGGACAACAACGAAAAUGGAAAGGAAGAAGACACGGAUCAGUUUUUUCUUGACCAUGUCCUGAAUACGCUGUAUGAUUUCGGUUUGGAGCAACUAGCAGCUCUCCAUGAGCCGUGGCCACCCCAGUUCAAGGAGAAAGGUGAUCGAACAGUAUCAAAGAGAGAACACAAGUCACAGAAGAAGAGAUCCCAAAGGAGUGAGGUGGAGGACGAGGACACCGCUGCAGACGAUUGCAGUGAUACUAAAGACAGUCUGGAAGUCAGACAUUCAGAUAUCUCAGAGAUUGACCUUCCUGGUGCUUCUGAAGUUGGAAACACAAGUUCAACCACUAAACAGGCACCACCAGUAGAGGUGGUCACAUUCCAGGAUCCUACAAAGAGACCGAGACAAGCCAGAAAGCCACCAGUGCCCGAGGUCAAGGACAAGCCUCCUCAAACAAAAGAGAAAAAGGUGGACCCAGAUGAAUUCAGUCUAGAAAAGGCUCGGUUAGAAGUUCACAGAUUUGGAAUCACUGGAUACCAGAAAGUGCAGCAGAGGGUUUUUGAACAGGAGCGAGCCAUCAUGCUUGGAGCAAGGCCCCCUAAGAAGGAGUAUGUAAACUACAAAGUGUUGCAGCAAAGGGUUAAGGACAAGAAGCAAAAGGCAAAGGACGAGAUUCAGACGGACUUAAAGAAAAAGAAGAUGACUAAACCAAGGGAUGAGAAGAGGAAGUCAUCGUCCAGUAAAGCGCCAACAGGCCAGGUGGGACGCUUUAAAAAUGGAAUGCUGGUCCUGAGCACCAAAGAAAUUCAGAAAAUAAAAGCCUCCAUCAAAAAAAAAUAAGUUUAAAAUAAAUGCCACAAAAGUGAUGAAACGAAAACAAUGAUUAAGAGUUGCAUUUUUGGGAGUUAAGAGACUUUUCACAUGAAGAUGCAGUAACGGACAAUUGAUGUCCAAGCCACAAUUAACAUAAUCCCAGAAAGACUAGAGAAAAGAUAUGAAGAGCACAUUCAUAUUCCAUCACAGUUUAUUCAUUAUAUAAAGGAAAGACAGCAUUUUUCUUCUUCUUUUAAACUGUAUAAUAUGAAAACAAUGCCAACUCAUUUCAUAUACAAACCACUUAGAAGUACGAAACGUUUACAUCGUAACAGAAUUCUAUCAAAUAAAGCACAGCUUUUUGUGAACACACUGGACACGGAUGCCAGUGUCCUAAUGGACUAGUUGACAUUCCCUAUGAGGUUUGGUGGUGCACCCUGCCUAGUUCUCUGGUAGUGUGGCAGUGAGAGGGCACUAGCCACGACCUCAGGGCAUGAGUUGUAUGCCUGUGUUUAGAAGAGAGAUGUCCCCCAGACUCGGCAACAACCUUCCCCACAUGGCAUACUGAGGGUGGGAACAGUACAUGUGGGCAAAAUAAACCUCUGAAAUGUAUUAUACAUUUAUAAAUAAAUAGAUGAAAUAAA